AUGGAGGGAUGCGAGACGAGAGGUCAAUUAUAUUAUCAUCCAGCGUAUUUAUUUGCUAUUAUUUUUCAAGGUACCUCAGGUUAUCUAACGUUUCCUAUUUUAUUUAUCAUACUCAAAAAGUAUGCUUUUAAAGUUUAUUAUCAUCCAAAUCUAGUAUUCCUGAUGAUGCUCAACGUGGUAUCUUGUCUGCUGCUCGGAGGACUCACAGCUUGGAGCGCAACCAACUUUUUCCUUAAUCUUAUGAUCAAGCCAUCUCCUUGCGACUUGCUUCUAAAAACCUACUUUUGUUCCAAAAUUCGCGGAACUUUUCUAUUUGCAUUUUGUUUGGUGACUACAAGUCACGCUGGAAUUUUGCUGGAAAGAUCAUGGGCAACUUACAGUGUCAAAAAUUAUGAGCGACAGGGAAGAGCACUCGGAACUAUUUUAGCAAUUGUUGCGGUUGCCGUAGCUGCCACUGCAAUUUUUAUACUUUUGCUACCAGAAGAUGGAGAAGAAAUGAUAACGACAUGUCUUACAUUUUCCGCUUCCAAGUCUAUCGGUUCUCGCGUAUAUGUAAUGUUCUUUGUUCAACUCCUAUUAGAUGCUGUUAUUUCAAUAGUUCACCUGGUCUUAUAUCGAUACAACAAAAACAUCGAUAAACACGGCUCUACUUCCUUGUCAGAACAGUUCCAGCGUAAUGAGAAUGUGAAAACAUUGAAGCAAGUGACUCCGUUACUAAUAUUGUCGAACGUUACGAUUGGGGUAUACAUCUUCAUUGUUUCCGUUUUCCGGUUAUACAAAGAUUAUUUACCGCCAAACUGGUAUGAAAUAAUUGCUGCGAAUCUGUUUAUAAUGCCUCACAUGCCUUUCAUGUUUACUUCCCUUAUACUUGUCGAACUAUGGUUAGGAAAAAAGAGGCAAGACCGAAUUCACAAAGAUAUGAUGGCUAGUCAAGAUGUCCCUCUCGAUGAUCAGUUUCAUAUUGCCAUGGAAAAUUGGGACGUCCAUUUUCAGUCACGGUUAAAAGCUCAAGCAAGAGCUAAUCGGAAGCCACUAUCGGCAAAUUGGACGUCUUCCACUUUAAUAACAAAGUUCAAAAAACGGCAGACAACUGUUGCAGUAAUUUCAAUACCGCCCUCACCGUCUUGAUGUGUGUGUGUCUACACCUUCGCUAUAUUUAUUCAAGGAUUGUACUGUAUCUGCUUUGACAAUAUACGUCGUUAUUUACAAUGAAGACAAAGAGGAGUUCAUUACAACAUGCUUGA